AUGUCCACCCUCGAAGAAUUAGAACAGCAAGACGACAUUGUUGACCAGGAAAUCCUUUCGUCUUCCACCCUGGACAUCAUCAACAGAACCAAGCUUUUAGACAAUGAUAUCAAGGUGAUGAGGUCGGAAACACAGCGACUCACCCACGAAAAGUCGGUGAUGGUCGAACGUAUCAAGGACAAACAAGAGAAAAUCAACAACAACAAGCAGCUCCCGUACCUUGUGGGUAAUGUGGUGGAGUUGCUCAACUUGGAUGUCGACAAAGAAGCUGUGGAACAGGGUGCUAAUGUGGACGAAGACGCCGCAAGGGCUGGAAAAUCGGCAGUAAUCAAAACUUCUACCCGUCAAACCAUCUUUCUUCCACUCAUUGGCUUGGUUGAUCCAGAAACCUUGAAGCCCAACGAUCUUAUUGGCGUAAACAAAGAUUCGUAUCUCAUUCUUGACACAUUACCUUCAGAAUACGACUCGCGAGUAAAAGCCAUGGAAGUUGACGAAAAGCCCACAGAAGACUAUUCCGAUAUUGGUGGGUUGGAUAAGCAGAUUGAAGAAUUGAUCGAGGCGGUGGUUUUGCCGAUGAAGCAGUCUGACAAGUUCAAGAAUUUGGGAAUAAAACCACCAAAGGGUGCAUUAAUGUACGGACCCCCUGGUACCGGAAAGACAUUGUUGGCUCGUGCCUGUGCUGCACAGUCAGGUGCAACUUUCCUCAAGUUGGCCGCUCCUCAAUUGGUGCAGAUGUUCAUAGGAGACGGUGCCAAGUUGGUGCGAGAUGCGUUUGCAUUAGCUAAGGAAAAGGCUCCCACAAUCAUAUUUAUCGAUGAAUUGGAUGCCAUUGGUACCAAGCGUUUCGAUUCCGACAAGAGUGGAGACAGGGAAGUGCAGCGGACUAUGUUGGAGCUUUUGAACCAGUUGGAUGGAUUUGGAAGUGAUGACCGUGUCAAGGUUUUGGCCGCUACCAACCGUGUGGACACCUUGGAUCCAGCGUUGUUGCGUUCUGGACGUUUGGACAGAAAAAUUGAAUUUCCCUUACCGCUGGAAGAAGCCAGAGAGUCUGUGUUGAAGAUCCAUGCUCGUAAAUUAAAUUGUGACAACGAUUCUGUUAAUUGGAGGGAAUUGGCUCGUAGUACCGAUGAAUUCAAUGGUGCUCAAUUGAAAGCAGUUACUGUGGAAGCAGGAAUGAUUGCCUUGAGAAAUGGUAAAUCGGUCAUCAAGCACGAAGAUUUCGUCGAGGCUAUCGGAGAGGUGCAAGCACGCAAAUCCAAGAGCGUGAACUUUUACGCAUGA